AUGGCUGCUUUACCGCGAGUUUUCUUCGAUGUUUCUGCUGACGGUUCAAAGUUGGGGAGAAUCGUUGUUGAGCUAAGAACAGAUGUCACACCUAAGACAUGUGAAAACUUCCGCGCCCUGUGUGUCGGCGAUAAGGGUUUCGGCUACAAGGGCUCCACCUUCCAUCGUGUCAUCCCCAACUUCAUGUUGCAAGGUGGUGACUUCACGAACCAUAAUGGCACCGGUGGCAAAUCUAUCUAUGGCGAGAAGUUCGCCGACGAGAACUUCAUCCUGAAGCACACAGGUCCUGGUGUUCUCUCCAUGGCUAAUGCUGGCCCCAACACCAAUGGGUCCCAGUUCUUCAUCACCACUGUGAAGACUUCCUGGUUGGAUGGCCGGCAUGUUGUGUUUGGGACUGUUGUAGAAGGCAUGGAUAUUGUCAAGCAAGUUGAAGCCUUUGGCUCCCAGUCGGGCAAACCCUCAAAGAAAAUUAUUAUUUCUGAAUGUGGACAACUUUCUUAA